UGGGUGUGUUUACAAUCGCUGAUGUAAACACAGAAGACGGUUUUCCCCCACGAAGCCGAGUCGGGUUGAAUCGUCUGGGAUAUUUUCCAAGCGUUGUUCUCUAUAAUCGACUCUGGUCAUCUAUGCAGCGGCUCGGACGCCGUUAUUAAAGCCGCCAUGGACUUGUACAUCAACCUGAAGGUGAAUUUUCGGGGCAACACGAAGAGUUUCCUGCUGUCCGGCUCCGAGACCAAGAGCUGGGAGUCUAUGGAGGCCACGGUGAAAAGGUCUUUCGGCUUGUGCAGUCUACAGUUGACGUACUUCGAUGAUGAAAAUGAAGAGGUGUCUAUCAACAGCCAGCUGGAGUAUGAGGAGGCUCUGAAGAGCGCAGCACGGCAGGGCAACAGGCUACAGAUGAACGUGUACGAGAGCAGAGGGACGACCGGACGGGUCCCCGGUCCCGUCCCAGGCCCGGGGUUAUCCCAGGUGAAAUCCGGAAGCCUGACCGAGCCGAAGAAAGGAUUCCGCCCUCCUCAGCACUGCCCGAGUCUGGCACAAGCGGUGACCCUUAACGAGCUAAAGAGCGGGAAAGCAGAGGACAAGACGCCACCAGCCUGGUUUACCUCGUACAUGGAGAAGUUUAAGGACCAGGUGGUUCGUGAGGCUGUGGAGAAGAUCUGCAGGGAGUUUUCGGGUCAGUGCUGCAUCCAUAAACCCCUGGGAGCCGAGGCUCAGGUCUCUGAGGUUUCCUCGUCCACUCUGCCUGGUGCUCCGAGCUCGGCUCCGGCCUGCAGCAGCUGCAGAGGACAGACGGCGGGUGGAGGAUACCAGUGCAGCGUCUGCACGUCCUGCACCUUGUGUGAGCCGUGUAGCUUCUCACACGAUCCGAGCCACAACCUGGUGAGAGCUCGAACACCUCUCUCCAUCCCCGAGCGCGGAUCUCCAGCUCCGGAUCAGAGCAGGUUCUACAGACGAGGAGACCGGAGCUUCCGCAAGGCGGAGAAACAGCGCUUGAAGGCGGAGAAGCGGCAGCUGAAGGCGGAGGUGAAGGAGAUCAGGAAGCAGCUGAGGAUGGAGAGGAGGAGUCUGCAGUGGGGCUGUCCGGGAGACGGAAACUCCUCCCCUGUGCUGCUGCAACCACGAGCCACGCAGGCUAACAGCCCCGAGCGUCCUAAGCGUCCCUGUCCUCUAGCUGUCCCUGCCAUGACGGCGCUGCUGCUGGAUGAAAAUCUGCCGGACGGAUCGCGCCUGAGGCCUGGGACCAAAUUCAUUAAAUACUGGAAGAUGAAGAACAGCGGCACAAUGAGCUGGAACUCGGACACCAAACUGAAGUUCAUGUGGGGGAAUCUGGCUGUGGGUUCGGGGGAGAGGUGGAGGGAGGUAUCUGUACCCACACUGCAGCCAGGACAGGUGGGAUUGGUCAGCGUGGCUCUGUGUGCUCCCACCCUGGAGGGCACCUACACCUCACACUGGCGCCUGGCGCACGGGGGAGAGCAGUUCGGCCCGCGGGUUUGGUGCAGCAUCGUCGUGGACCCCGAAGCUCCGACUGCUAUCUCGGCUGACGGCCUGCUUGUGUCUCCGUGCGUCACUCCUCAGGAGAAAUCCACUCGGACUUUAGAGAGGGAGGAGAAGAACCGCACGGCGUCUCGGGAGCCGCUGCUCAUCACCGUGGAUCAGGACUGCGAUCAGGAGUUUUACAUUCCGUCUGUGGACCUGCUGACCGCACAGGACUUGCUGUCGUUUGAGCUUCUGGACAUUAACAUAGUGCAGGAGUUGGAGAGCGUUCCCAACAACACUCCUGCAGAUAUCACUCCAUGUAUUUCUCCUCUGCCCCAUGAUGCACUGCUGCAGGAUAAAACUCCUCCAGGACUGAUUCAGGAGGAAGCUGGGGGAGAAACCCAACCACUCAAUAGCAUUCUGGCCGUGGCUCAGACUCCCGAGUUAGGGGGUGUUCCCGCCCAGGAGAAAGGAGAGGAGGAUGUGAUUGGCCGUCAGUUUGUGAGCGAGUCUGUGAUUCGUUCUCUCACGCUGGGGGGCGUGUUGGAUGGAGGAAUCCUGCAUGGGAGAGUCAGCAGCACCGUGUUGCGUCCAGCACCGCAGGGCUCCGUGUCUCUCUGUGAGAGGAAGAUGGACAGAAUGUCCAAAAGCGCCGAUGUUCCUCUCUCAGAUCCGCCCAAAGCCGAGCCACAGGAUCUUCCGGAACCUUCUCCUCUCGUCUCCAUUCCUGCUGAAGCCGCUGCAGAUGAAGGGAACGAGUCGGACAUCGAGCGCAUCGUGGUGGAUCCGGCCGCUGGAGCCGAGCGCUUCGAGGAUGAAGAGGAGUCUGAAGAGAGGAAGAAGAAUAAGAUGGAGAAAAAGAAAGCCAGAGAUGCCGAAGAAGGUAAAGAGGGUCGGAGCAGGACGUCGUCCGCCUCCUCUGAGGAUUACAUCAUCAUCCUGCCGGACUGUUUCGACACGACUCGUCCUCUGGGGGAGUCCAUGUACAGCUCGGCCGUGUCUCAGCAGGGAGACGAGAGCCUGGAGCGUGUUAGCGCCGAUGCUAACGACAUGCUGUGUGCGUCGCAGACACUGGACUCGGUGCCGCUCACCCCCGUGAUCGUAGCAGCGCCAAGACCUUCAGCCAGCUCCAGAUCAGAGACUGAGGAAGCUGAUAAGUUGGAAGCAGCAGAGACGCCGCAGGAGGAGGAGCUUAAUCAGUCUGGGGGCAAAGAGGGGGAGGAGCCAGAAGAUCAUGACUCCGCGUCCAGUCCUUCGGACACACCGAGCUCCUGCACAGCUGCUGACUCGGAGAUCCAGGAGCUCAAAGCGAACAGUAUAACAGGAGGUCUGGUGAAGGGCGCGCUGUCCGUCGCAGCCUCCGCGUAUAAAGCUCUGUUCACUGGACAGUCCGGUCCUGAGCAGCUUCCCGAAGAAGCAGCCACUCAGGAUGCCAUGAUGGCCGUCCUGGUGGAGAUGGGCUUCGCUGACCGGGCGCUGAAUCAGCGGCUGCUGCAAAAACACGGUCCGAACCUCCUGGACGUGGUGAACGAACUCGUGCACAUGCAGGACAACGACUGGUACAACAACCGCUACUGAUGCAACACACUCGCGCAGUCUGCUUCCUCUUUUCUCAUUGUCUCUCCUUCUGUCUACGUGUGUGUGUGUGUGUGAGAGAGAGAGAGAUGGACUGUGAUCCAGUCCGGAUGUUUCUGUGGACCAUUUUCUAGAGAAACGAGGAUCAAAUCCUGAUUAGAGAACUCAUGAGACGGGUUUGUCCGAGUGAGACGAUGAGCCGCGUUUACGUUCGUGUCAUUAUGAGUUUUUGUUGUUAGAAUGUCGAGGCAAAAGUUUGUGGACACCUUGUACCUGUGCAACAGCUAAAGACCGAAUUUUUGUUUUCCAGUAAUGUUUUGUUUAUCUUCACAUUCCACCAACUUCAGUAAAAUUCCUGAUCAGACAGAGGAGCACAACAAUCCUUAAAAAUGUUUGUUAGCAAGCUCGCUGUACACGGAAAAGGUCCGAGGCUUCUAAUCCUAAUGAAGCCACACUAACGCAUAUCACACUGCUGAGGUUUUCUUUUUUAAAUGAUUUGUUUGAUCAUUUUUUGAAUUUGGAAAAAAUUCAAAAAAUCAAGUCACAAAAAAGUUAAAAAAUACUAUUAAUAACAAAUAAAUAAAAAUAACAGAAACAUAACAAAACAUAACUGCAACUAUUAAAAAAAAUUAACAAUAAAAAAAUUAUUGCAGAGGUCUAGAAAAUAAAAUAAAAUCUGGAAAAAGUCCCAGAAUUUUUUUGGAAAGAUCUGGAAUUUUCCUGGAUAAAAGUCUGUUAUUUUUAAAGAAAAAAUUAUAAUAAUUUAGAACAAAAUUUCCAAAUGUUUGGAGGUUUUCCAUAAACCAUUGAUCAGGAACAAGUCUGGAAAAAUAAUCUACCACAAUUCUGGAGAAUUUCUAAAGUAUUUUUGAAAAAUUACCAAAAUAAACAAACAAAAAAAAAAUAUAUAUAUAUUUUUGGGGUCUGGAUUUUAAUAAAAAAUAAUUUGUUUUAAAAUCAUGAUGUCGAAAAGACUUAGUGAAAAUAAUGAUGGAAUAUAAAAAAAAAAUCAUCAAACAACUGUAAAUCUUUAGUGAAGUUAAAAAUAAUCGGGACGAUGUCUCAGAAAUGUUUGGAGUUUAAUAAAUAUUCUAGAAUAAGAUUGAAAAAGUACUAAAAGGAAUACAAUUUUCUGUUUAAAAAAAAAACAAAAAAUAAAAAUAAAUAAAUAAAUUUAAAACAAAUCUCAAAAGGUUAAAAAGAAAUCAGGAAAAAUAGGGAUUAAAUAUAUAUUCUUUUUUUUUCUUUCCAAAUAAGUAGCCCAAAGACGAAUCUCGGUGUCCUUAUACUUUUGCCAGUCCAUGACUGUAGUUACUUUAAACCUUAAUGUGAAAUCUCGCGCUCUGAUCGAGACGAUGCAUGAAAAUGAAAGUACAAAGUUUCCCAGAGAAACUGCUGAACUGUUACCUGUGUUCCUGCUGACUUUUCUUUAUCAAUCUUUGUAGGGUUUCUGCUUCUAGCUUUUUGACCGUGAAAUGUGUGAGUUUAUUCUCCACGUGAGAGAGUAAGAGAGAGAGAGACAGAGAGAGAGCGUGACAGAGUGAGUGUCAGUGAGUGAGCGAGAGAGAGUGAGUGAGUCUGUAAGUCUGUGAGAGAGAGAGAGACAGAGAGUGUGUGUGUGAGAGAGAGUGAGUCUGUGAGUCAGUGAGAGAGAAAGUGUGUGUGUGUGAGAGAGAGAGAGAGAGAGAGAGAGAGGAAGUGUGUGAGAGAGAGAGCGAGAGAGAGAGACAGAGUGAGUCAGUGAGAGAAAGUAUGAGAGAAUGAGUGAGACUGUAAGAAUGAGUGAGAGAGAAAGUGUGUGUGUGAAAGAGAGAGAGAGAGAGUCUGUGAGUCAGUGAGAGAGAGAGAGAGAGAGAGAGAGAAAGAGAGGAAGUGUGUGAGAGAGAGAGCGAGAGAGACAGAGUGAGUCAGUGAGAGAGAAAGUGUGUGUGUGAAAGAGAGUGAGUCUGUGAGUCAGUGUGAGAGAGAGAGAGAGAGAGAGAGAGGAAGUGUGUGAGAGAGAGAGCGAGAGAGAGAGACAGUGAGUCAGUGAGAGAGAAAGUAUGAGAGAAUGAGUGAGACUGUAAGAAUGAGUGAGUCUGUGAGGCAGUGUGAGAGAGAGAGAGAGAGAGAGAGAGAGAGAGAAAGAGAGGAAGUGUGUGAGAGAGAGAGCGAGAGAGAGAGACAGAGUGAGUCAGUGAGAGAGAAAGUAUGAGAGAAUGAGUGAGACUGAGAACGAGUGAGAGAGAAAGUGUGUGUGUGAAAGAGAGAGAGAGAGUCUGUGAGUCAGUGUGAGAGAGAGAGAGAGAGAGAGAGAGAGGGAGAGAGAGAGAGAGAAAGAGAGGAAGUGUGUGAGAGAGAGAGCGAGAGAGAGAGACAGAGUGAGUCAGUGAGAGAGAAAGUGUGUGUGUGAAAGAGAGAGAGAGUCAGUGAGAGAGAAAGUAUGAGAGAAUGAGUGAGACUGUGAGAAUGAGUGAGAGAGAAAGAGAGUCAGUGAGAGAGAAAGUAUGAGAGAGAAAGAGAUCCAGGAGUUUUAUGUGCAAUAGAUUCAUUCGUCUGUGUGAAAUGUGGCUUUAACUCUAUUGAAGGGCGUGGCCGUCUCCACGUGAGGGUGAACGUCUGCACGACUUUUAAGUUUGAGAAACGUAACAAACAUUCUCUUGUUUUUUUAAUUUAUUUAUUUAUUUGGGAUGCAUUGAUACCAUUUGUUCCAGUACGAGUGCAUGAUUUUGAUACUUUAGUGUUAAUCAAUCAGUCAUGAUCUAAUAGAGUUCAUUAUAAGUGUGUGUGUGUGUGUGUGUGUGUGUGUGUGUGUUCUUGCACUUAGCCUACUAGACUCGAUCUUUAUUAAGCCAGUGAGUCGAUUUUACAUUCAAAACAGCGCUACGAAUCAGCUAGCUACAUUAGUUAGCUCGGGUGAAGUAGGAUUUCCUUCACAUCUGUACAGCUGCAAGUAAAAACUCCUUCAUUCCUUUUUUUUUUUUUUUUAUCACGUUUCUUUCCACCUAGCCUUCGUUUGUUCGCUGCUAGCGAUGAACUCCGUGCGAGUUUAAGAGGACCUCGAUCACACGGUGUCUCUCUGUAGGUCCUCCUCUUUGUUUUCACACGGAAUCUGCUUCGCUUUGUAGCGGUAAAAUGCGUCCAGAUCGCCGUUAUUAAGCUUCGACUGUUUAUUAGCGUGACCGCGCACACUAGCGUUAUUUAUGAGCUGUUGAUUUGGGUAAAUGAGUGUUGGUAUUGAUGCAUCCUGGAUUUUUUGUUCUUCUUCUUGUUGGUGGUGGAUUUAAAAGAAAAAAAUGCACUUGAAGAUCAGCUGCAUUCGCUGAUUAUUAAUCAAAAACUCGUUCUAGUCUUAAAACAAAUUCCGAUUGAUGAUGAUGAUGCGUGUCAUUUAUAACGUGUUGCUUGGAAAAUUCUAGGGUCGAGCCUAAGAUUAAGGAACAAUAAGUACUGUAUAUAUGUGUGUGUGUGUGUGUGUGUAUGCUGUGAACCAUUUCGCAUUAUAGAAUUAAUAUAUAUACACAAAAAAAAUGAGUAACAACUCGAGUGGCAAUCAUGAAAUCUCGACACUGGAUUUUCAGCAUUGUAGAAACGCUUGUAGUGAAGAAGAAGAAGAAGAAGAAGAAAAUGAUCAUGGAAAUGAUCUAUAUUUUGAUAAUUCCUGUGUAAACUCGAAAAAAUUGCACCUUAGGGGAAAUCUCUUUAGCGUGAAUCCGAUGUGUCGAUGAUUUUCCGAAGCUCGUCAGGAUGAGUGUAAAUACUCUUAGUUGGUUCUAUACACUACACAGAGCGUACACUCCCAUUUAAGAUUAAACUCGCUCUGAUUAUUAGGAGGUUUCCUUUUUCUUUUUUCUUUUUCUUCAUUGGUUUCUUCCUCCGGUGCUUUUAGGAGGUGUUAGGGGAAAAAAAAAUGUAAACAUGACCAAAAAAAACAAAAACAAAACAACAUGGACUUAAUAUGUGCUUUAAAACUUUUAUUUGAGUGGAAACGUUUUCUCUCUGCACCGUGACGAGCGGAAAGCCGGCACCGUGAAUCGACUCAUGAUGUUCUUUAUGUAACACCACCGAUGUAUGAUUCUGUCUGUAAUAAACAGUCAUAAAUAAA